AGGGUAAAAAGUGACGUCAAAAAUAAGCGACGGUGUCUGUUUACUUCCCUAGUUUUCUCACCACAGCAGGCAAAGUUGUGAAUCAAGCUGGAGAGAACAGCAGAGAGACUACAGAGAGACUCAACCAGAGAGAAACAAGCUUCCAGAGACUAGACACCAGACAGGACCCAGAGAGACCAGACAGAGAACAAAGAGACCUGAGUUAUGGAGACACAUCAGUGUGACACCUGUGGGAAGAGCCUUUCCUCAUCCAGUAACCUCAAGCAGCACAUGAUGAUCCACACAGGAGAGAAGCCCUACAGCUGUGACCUCUGUGGGAAAACCUUUAGCCGGGCAGAUACUCUCACUCUUCACAGCAGGACCCACACUGGAGAGAAGCCCUACAGCUUUGACCUCUGUGGUCAAACCUUUAGCCAUGCUGGCAAUUUAAGAUCUCACUGCAAGACCCACACUGGAGAGAAGCCCUACAGCUGUGACCUCUGUGAUACAAUCUUUAGCCAGGCUAGUAUUCUCAGCCUUCACUGCAAGAUCCACACUGGGGAGAAGCCCUACAGCUGUGACCUCUGUGGGAAAACCUUUGGCCAGGUUGGCCAUUUCACAGUUCACCGAAGAACCCACACUGGAGAGAAGCCCUACAGCUGCCCACACUGUGACUAUUCAUGUAAAAGAAAUGACCAUCUGAAGAGUCACCUGCGUAUCCACAAUAAAAACAAACCAAAGCAGUGAUGUCUAGGGCCAAGCUGUCCCAGCAGUCACCACCUGAGAGAACUUCUGUAUGACCCACAGCUGGAAGAACUACUGGCCUGCACCUACUGGGACAACACAUGCAGUAACACCAGAUCUACAGUCCAACAUGACAGCACAUGCAGUAACACCAGAUAUACAGUCCAACAUGACAGCACAUGCAGUAACACCAGAUCUACAGUCCAACAUGACAGCACAUGCAGUAACACCAGAUCUACAGUCCAACAUGACAGCACAUGCAGUAACACCAGAUCUACAAUCCAACAUGACAGCACAUGCAGUAACACCAGAUCUACAAUCCAACAUGACAGCACAUGCAGUAACACCAGAUCUACAGUCCAACAUGACAGCACAUGCAGUAACACCAGAUCUACAAUCCAACAUGACAGCACAUGCAGUAACACCAGAUCUACAGUCCAACAUGACAGCACAUGCAGUAACACCAGAUCUACAGUCCAACAUGACAGCACAUGCAGUAACACCAGAUCUACAGUCCAACAUGACAGUACACACACAUUAUUUUUUUAUUGUUGUUUACUACAUUGUAGUGCUGAUAGUUUCAUGAUGCUUUGAGUGUUUUCAUUGAUUUGCAUCGUUCCUUAUAAUCGCUUUGUUGUCGCUUUUUACUGUUGCAUUGCUAGUCAUAUGUUGAUAACUAAGGGUCAAGAUGUGGUUGGAUAGGUUCUUGUGCUUAAAGGGAAUUGUGAAGCAUUGUUCUGUGGAUUCUUGAUCUCAUGAGAACUUCUCCUCAGCUCUGGCUUGUCCUUCUCAUUCUCCUUGCUCAACUCUUACUCUCUCUCUGAUUUACAAUAAUCAAGGUAGAGUUGGUAAGAUUUAAAACCUUUAUAUUGUAACAUGUUUGCCUUGUAAUUUAUUUCAUUCAUUUAAAAUGUUAUUAAAUGUAUAUUUCAUUUAACCAUA